UGGCCAUAAAUAGGAGGCAGCCACAGGCUCACACAGGCUCACCAGCUCACACUCCUAGGCUCACACCCCUCACGCCCUGCAAGGACACUCGUGCACUUCCCAUUGCUCCCCUGCAUGCCCAGCCAAGCCACAGCCUCACACGGACUCCUGCACACGCCCAGAGCCGCUCGCUCACUCUCGCUGCCGGUCUGCCUCUGUUCCCCUCCAUGGCGCCCCGUAUGGCCCCACUACUGGCCCUCAGCCUGCUGGCUCUUUGGACUUCCCCAGCCCCAGCUCUCGGUGGUGCUAAUGAUGCUGAAGACUGCUGCCUGUCUGUGACCCAGCGCCCCAUCCCUGGGAACAUUGUGAGAGCCUUUCGCUACCUCCUCAUCAAGGAUGGCUGCAGAGUACCUGCUGUUGUGUUCACCACAAUGAGAGGCUACCAGCUCUGUGCACCCCCAGACCAGCCCUGGGUGGACCGCAUCAUCCGGAGACUGAGGAAGACCUUGGCCAAGAGCAAGCGCCACAGCAGUUAGCCCAUGACAGCGCCAAAGGGAGCCCUGUGUCUGAGUGAAGGCAUGUGAAUCACCCUGGCCUGGGGACCCAAGGACCAGAAGGGAGGCCCAGGCCUCCAGCCUCUCUGCACCAGACCUGACCCAGCCAGGGCAGGGCCUGGAGUGUCAAUGUGAGUGUGAGUGUGAGCAAGAGGGUGAGUGUGGUGAGGGCACCGCUUCUCCACACCCAGACUGCAAUGCUUCCAAUAAAGCCACCUGGCACCCACAGAUCUA